AUGGGGUUUUUUAAGGAUCAUCAACAUACUGCAAUCACGGAAAUUGUUCAAAAAUGUGUAGCUGAUAGCAAUUCUGAAUACGAUUUGGAAGAGUACUUACCUCAUUUAAUAUCACUGAUUAAAGAUGAAGCAGACACCAAAUAUGUUUAUGUUAACAAUCAAUUGGAAUGUGGUAGAAGUAUCAGAAAAUUUUUGAAAUAUGGUAAUCAGAAAAAGCAGUACAUGGCUUUGAAAUUGUUGAAUUUAAUCGUUAUGCAGGAUUUAAGAUUUAUGGAGAUGUUCAAUGAGUCGAAAUUGAUUGAUAGGUUAACUUGCAUUGCUUUGGGUACUGGUGUUGAUUCAUCUAACGCUGCAUAUGAUUUGAAUAUAGUUAAACUAACUAGAAAAUGUAUCAUGAACUGGUGUAAUAAUCGAAGUUUUGAGGAUAAAUGUUACAAAGGGUUUUUUACUAUAUUGAAUAAAUUAAAGAAUAAAAAUACCAAUGGAACUCGUGCUAGUCGUAAUGGUCUUCAAUUUUUAAAUGAUUCUGCUGACUCCUCUUUCUAUCCGAAUACUAUUAAUAGUAACAACCCUGAUGAUAGAUACGGCAUUCCUAUUAUAGACAUGUCUAAAGAGGCCCCAAGAAUAAGAUUAUUGAUUAGCGAUGCCAUCAAUUCGUCUGUUGCGUUGAAAAACAGUUUGCAAAUGUUACCACAGGGCAGAUCUUCCACCGAAGAUGAGCAAGCAACAAAAUUUUUUGUUGAGGCUAGAAAUAUUAGAAGAAAAGUGUUGAGAUAUUUACAACUAGUCACUAGUGGUGAGUUUUUGGGGUCGUUAUUAAAUGCCAAUGAUCAAAUAGUAGAAGCCUUAACUAAAUAUGAUGAGCUAGCGGUUGAUGAAGAUGACUCUAGUAAUUACUAUGGAGACAGUGAUAGUGAAUACGAAACUCAAAAGGCACCACCACCACCACAACAACAACAACAACAACAACAACAACAACAACAACAACAGUUUACAACCCGUGCAGAUUUUGACGAUCCAUUCGGUGAUGAUAAUAGAAUUUAA